CAACUACGUGGCUACGAUAAGACGAUUACCAAACCGGCUGUGAUGGAAUGUAAUUCAAUCGAAAAUGCACUCAAAAUCCAUUCCAUCCAUGAGUGUUUCCCUCGACGCACCAACGCAUGACAGCGGGGAGAUGGGAUGUUUCAAAGGAAAUGUGAGCAGGUUCAAGAAGCGUUAGAACCUGACUAUCUCCUUCUCUCACGGGGCUUACCCGAUGAAGUCAACCUGAUGCCCCCAGGGUGACGACACGCCGCAGGUAGAAGAGGGAGGAGCAACAAGAUCAACAAGUCCCUACAUGGGGCGCCUGGUAUUACCUUAGGUUCCGAGCCGCUCGUCAAAAGAAGUGCUUCCUAGUCGAGUGCAGGACAGUUCACGUCGACCAGGAGCAUAGGCUGUCUUGAUCCACCUGUCCACCAACCGAUUGGAUCGGUCAAUUAAACUUGGAUGGGUUCCGAAAUAAAGCACUCCGUCACCAUGGCAACGUCGGGAGAGCAGAAAGAGUACAACGGCCAGCUGAUCUCGGUCAACCGCAGAGACACCCGCCGCCUGCUGGAGGUUUACGUGAAGCGCAGCCUGAGCCUGAACGACGGCGCUGGGAACGGCCCCCCCGAGCCCCCUCCCGCCGCCGACAAAUGGGUCCCGAAGCCCCAGAGACCGCGGAGGUUGCGGCGCCACUCGAGCGACCCCUCGCUCCACCUGUCGCCCAACCCAGACGCCCACAGACAAGACGUCGGCUUGGUUCCUCCUUCCCCUUCGAACCCCAGCACUCCUGAGCCGCUUGACCGGCUCCACGGUGAGGUUCACGAGGUGGAGGAGGAGGAGGGGAAGGAGAAGGAGAAGGAGAAGGAGAAGGAGGAGGUGAAAGUGGUGGCGUCGGUCACCAAGAAGACAAAGAAGCCCAGCAUGUGGAAGAGCUUCCUGGGCCUGUUCUCCAAGAAGUGGACCGAGGACGAGCCGGACGGCCCCCCCCCCCAGCAGGCGAGGGGUUCGAUGGAGAUCUUCCAGUCCCGGAAUGGGGAGCAGGCGGAGGUCACGGCCACCUGCCUCCCGCUGCCCACCGGCGGCAGCAUGAGGAAGAAGUCCAGGAGAAAGAGAAGCAACAGGCUACCCAGCUUCAAGAGGUCCAAGUCCUUCAAGAAGAGUACUCAUAUAGACAUCACCGUGUCCGUCGGGGAAGCCAUCGUAAACGUGGAACCCACCUACGCCUACUUCGAGAAGGUGUCUGAGGAAAUGGAUCUGAUUGUCCGCCAAGUCACUGAAGUUAACGAGAAAGUCAUGACGAAUGAGGAGGUGAUCAACAGGAUCAUUGCCCUGACCAAAGAGGAGGGAGACGCCAUCGAUGAAAAGCUGAAGGAGAACCCCACUCUAAGCAACUUCUUCCAGGGCAUGUCGUACCCGGCCUUCAAGAAGCUGGCCGACAACUACCUGGAGGAGGAGACCACCCCUGUCCAGAGCCAGGCCCCCUCACUGCCCCGCCCGGCCGCGGCGCCAGAGCUGGUGAAGCUGGCCUUCACCCUGGACUUCACGGCCAGGCUGGCAGGGCUUUCGCGGCAGAACGUGGGCCACAUCACCGGCCUGGGCAACCGUUACCUUGCGGACCGCUUCGAAUACACGCAGGCAUGUACAGAUCACCCCUGGUCAGACACUGAUGAUUGACCCACCCAAGGAAGGAAGAUCGUCACAAGAAACGCCAACACUAACGUUAGACGGGGGAAGUAACCAAGCAACACUUUCUCUUUCACUUGCAUGUAUGUCUUUACAAGGGUAGAGUGUGGUUCCCCAGCCCAAUCAUGAUCCGAAUCAGACACAGAGUACACAAACCUGUGAAACAAUGUGCCAGCCCUUAUCUGCUACCAAAGGCCAAGGCAAACAAUGACUAUGGCAAGGCAACCCUCGCAAACAUGUCUCAUUGUGUGGAAGAACCAGUCAAAUGGCAUUGGUUCAGACACAUGUGGCUUCUUAUGAAGAAACACUUACAAAAGGAGAAGUAGUGACCGUAAGAUGGGUACGAAGCAACGGGUGUAGUAUUUCAUUAGAUUAGGCAGAUUGUCACACAGUAUCAAGAGUGUCGAUGUAGAUGCAAAUCCAACAUUUCUAUUAAGAUGGUUGUUCAGUUCUCAUCUGUUUGUAAGGCUUUAUAAGUUUGAUGACUGUGAAUGUGUAUUGAAUAAUUGAUUUAUGUAUUGGAGUGCAGAAAGAAUCGUCAUACAUUAUUCUCAACAUGAUAAAUAUAAUGUGAUUUGUAUGACACUUUUGUUCAUUGUGAAUGCUGGCAUUCAUUAGACAACAAUACGUUUCUUAAAAAGGUAGACAACUAUUUAUGAAUAUUCAUAGCCUAUAUUUUUUACAUAAUUUCAUAAAAAUGACAUCACCAUUAGGCUUCGUGUUUAUUUGGAAACCAAAUAAACAGGUUUUAUGGUAUAGUGUUUGACUGGUCAAAAGGACAAAUAAUGCCCAACAGCUGGUUUUCAUAUUUAUGCUGAUGAGGAUUAUUUCAUACUAUUUCAUGUCUUGGAAAUAACUUCUCUAGUCUAGACUUAUAACUCAAUAAGCUUUAUAAGAUAUAUGUAGCAAGUGCAAGUACUGUAUAUGAUGGAACAAUGACACGGAUCCAAAUAAACAAUGUAUUAUACAAUUGCUGGUGAGGAUUUUUACUGCGGUUGGUUUGCGACAAGGAUGAAGUUAUCAAGUUAUUUGUACAGUCAGUUUAUAGUCUUAAAAUUAUAGUCUUCAUAAAGAUAACCGUUUUGUGGUGAGCCAAUCACAAAGUAGACCUGUCUUACGUUAUCUUAAACGUGGCAAGCUGCAGUCUUAAACACACAUCUGAUAAACUGGCUGGUUUCUCUGUGUGUAACGAACCCCAACGAACACUUACAUGCCCCUACAGCAGGGAUGGGCAACUUUCAUGAUAAAGAGGGCCACAUUUUUCAUCAUAACCAUCGGAGGGCCACAUGACUGCACACUUCAACUAAACGUGAGCUGAGAGAACACAAUUUUGAAUUUGGUAGAUAUGAUUUCCUGUAUUCUGGUGCAUUUUGGGGAUGGCCACUACCUAAAAAAUCAUCCAGAAUCAUAACCUAUGUACGGUAUGUUAAUUGAACCAACAUACAUUCAUUUCAUGUUUUCCAUGCUCAAACAGCCACAUGAAUGGUCAGUAUUUUUAUCAGUGCAAAGGGCUCACAUACAUCAUCAUUCAAUGAAGUCAAAAAACUAAAAAACAGUGACCCAACAUUAAGCGCAACAACUCAAUGAACUCAAACCCAACAAGCAGUUGUAGUAGUUGUAGUGGCGACUUAAGUGGAUAUCUUUAAUGACUGAUAUCGCUUCUAAGCAAACUAGACGCAAGGGUUUCCCUUCGAAUUUUAUGAAAUCUUCUCAUCUUUCUUGACCGAGUUUUCUGUAAC